UAAGACUGAGACACCCUUCCCUGAGUCGACGUCAUUCUGAACAGCCUUCAAUAUCCAAUGCUUCAAUCAUGUCUAGUUCCCACCCUCCUCCCUCUUGUCGCACGGAUGACGCCGUUGAUCUUCGCUUCGGCUCUUGGUCCAAUCCGAUCAAGCAGAGAUGGUCAUAGCUGACGUCGACUGUGGGCGGCCGGUUAUCAACCGUGCAGGACGCUCGCACCAUAUAAAUGAUAUUGGACGAUGUGACCAUGGUUAAGCACUAUAUUACGAGCACUAGCACAGAAUAUAAUCCCUCGCCUUCCUACUCAACAUGCCAGACAAAGAGGAUAACAACCCUCAAACCCCUCAGCAAGAGAACAACAACCCCCAGGAAGAGACUACCAACCCGGGGUCCCCUCAGCCUAAGGAGGAACAGGACGUUGAGCCAAAGCAAGAGUCUAACUCGGACGACGCUGAGCCUAAACAAGAACCCAAGUCGGACGACGAGUCUAAACAAGACCCCCAGCCCGACUCUAAGCCACAAGAAGACGAAUCCAAGCCCGACGCCGAACCCAAGAAAGAGCCUCAGUCUGAAGCUGAGCCCGAACCUCAACCUCAGAAAGAAGAACCUCAGCGGCGUCCACGGAGACCCCGCCCACGAAAGUACCAACAGGACUCGGACACCGAGAACGUCGACCGCGGCAACAUGGAUAACACCGCUGUUGAGAAGCCUCGUCGGCAGCGCCGCUCACGUCGCCAGCAACAAGACGGCGGUCCCCUCGGCGGCCUCGGUGGCAUAGACCAAGCCGGUGACCUCGUACAAAAUACAGCCGGCAAUGCCGUCAACGGCGUGACCAACACCGCCGGCAAAGCUGUGGGGGGCAUCCUAGGCGGCAACAAAGGGGAAGGACAGGACGAUAGCGGCGGCAAGGACGAACAGCUGCGGUUGCGGCUGGACCUGAACCUGGAUAUCGAAGUGCAACUAAAAGCUAAGAUCCAUGGUGAUCUAACCCUGGGCUUACUGUCAGUUCAACCCUCCCCCUCUCUUACCAUCUUCCCCGAAGAUAUCAAGCUAACCAUUCAUAACAGCAACUAAAAGUGAAUGUGAAUGCGUCUAGUAGAAAAAGCAUUUAUCUCACUUCGUUAGCUCUCGUUUGAAAUCUUUCGAUACCAUGUUGCCUUCCCGCUUCCUUCGUCUGCGUACUACGUUGCCGCUUUCUGCUUGAUAGUCGCAGAUUAGAUGGCCCUUUCUCCUUUCCUUUUGUUCCCCCUUGGGCUAUAUACUUAUUAGCGUUGGUUAUAUGAUGGCAUGAACAAUCUUCUUUUCUUCUGUCGGCGUGAUGUGAUGCUUGCAUGUAUAGUAAUUCCAGACUUGACUAUGAUCAUGGUUUAAUCGUCGAGGGCAUGGAAUGGAUUAUUAAUGAAUUGCAAUUGUAUUUCCUUGAA